AUGGCAAGUGGGGACCGGCAUUCGGUUCCCCCAUCUUCUCCGGCUCAGCCCAAUUCUUGGGCUCAGAUUGCCUCUUCUCUUCGCCAAUCUAUGGACAUUUCACCUCUCCACAACCCCCAGAUCCUCAACAAGCUAAAGGAAUCAACUUCUACUUUUAUUCGUCUAGACAAGGAUGGCAUCAACCGGGCAUGUAUGCGGUUUCAACACUCCCUUUAUGGAAAACUUUUCGGCAAACCACCUCCAUUCACACAAGUCAAAGACGAUUUACUUGCUAAAUGGUCCAGCUUUGGGGAAGUUCUCAUUUCUGAUUUGCCGAAUGGUUUCAUUCUUAUUCGAUGCUCUUCUCAACAAAUACUGCAACAUCUCUUGUUGGAUGGUCCUUGGUCUGUGAAUGGUAUUACUCUGCAGCUGACUCCAUGGAAACCUUUUUCCGAGCCUACGUUCGCCAAGCUUAGCACGGCGGCCAUCUGGGUUCAGUUCCAUAAUCUUCCGAUUGAGUUCUGGGACGGUGAAACUCUCGACUUCAUUGCUAGUCAGCUUGGUAUCCUCCUCAAAAUCGAUGAUCUUACUACCUCUCUGGCUCGUUCUAAGUUCGCUAGAGUAUGUAUCGAUAUUGAUCUAUCUAGGCCCCUUAGUCGCGGAUUUUGGAUCGGGGAUGAUGAGCAUCGGGUCUUUGUUGUUGUCAUGUAUGAGAGGUUGCCCACUUUCUGUUAUUCAUGCGGCUUGAUUAGUCAUGGCACCAACUCUUACCCGAGAUCGUCGACUCAUGGAACCAGAGGUACUCAUCCGCCUCUUCGUCCUUCGGGGAAGACGGUGGUCAGUACCCCCUUGGUUCCAUCGGUUGAAGAUCAAUGCAUGGAGGAUUCUGCUUUGCCCCAUGAUCGUCCCUCUUCCGAGGUCUCUGAUUUUGGUAACUCUUCUCUCUCGGAGACAGACUUCGGCCCUUGGCUUCUUGUGUCACGGCGGCGUGGCAACUCUCGGGGUCGAGGUGGAGGCACACGUGCCACCCUGGCGACCCCGAGCGCUACAGCUGACCCAGUUCCCGACUCUGGCGCUUCUUGA